AUGGACGCUCCGGAGGGAGCCCUGGCAGCCAGCAAGGACAGUUCCAGCGGCCACCCCUGCCUGCCCGAGAGGGAGCUGGCCUGCAGCCUGCAAGACAGAGUCAGACAUAGCAUGCACUACCUUUUGGAGCAGCUACAUGUGGAGAGGGCCAUCCGGGCCAAGAACACUGCGGGCUACUUCAAGCUGGUGUCCAGAGCCGACCUCCAUCAGCCCCACAUCCGCCAGGCCUUUGGGAAGUUCAACCAGCGCGCGUCGGCCACCAUGGAGCAGAUCGAGUACGGGCUCUGCCUGUGCCACCGGCAGCUGUAGGAUCUGGAGUGGGGUGGCAGGCCCCAGGCCUUCAAGCUAAAGGUGGACAGUGGUCUGCACUGCUGUGAGCCCCCCACACCAGCCUUGGCCCCUGAGCCGGCUCCCAGCCCCAGGCGCUGCCCUUCCAAUAGCUCCUGCGUAGGCCCAUCCUCAGAGUCAGAGUGGGGGAGCCAGCAUGGAGCCCCACUGCUGUGCAAGGUGACCCAGGCUCCCCUGGGACUCAGUGAAGUGGCCUCAGGGCCACCAGAGCCACAGGGCCAGGCAUCUGGCAGACCCGCAGGAGGCGCUGGAGACACUGCAAGAGAAGAAAUACAGGAGGAUGGGGCCCACUUUGUCCUCCUCCAGGGAGCUCCCUCCAGCCCGCUCCUGCCAGACCUGUCCACAGAGCGUUGCAAGAACAUCAGGGCCAACCUGGAGUCAGGGAAGAGAGCCCCACAGAACGCUGGCUCUCUGGGUGAUCCAGUCUCGCCGUCCACUGCUCAGGCCGGCAAGUGCUCCGGCAUCUCGAGUUCCCCCGGCCCAGACGCAGGGGCAGCUCUGCUCGCUUCCCUGCCCGCCUUGCACACCUUCUGGUCUUUGUCACCGCAACAAGCAUCACCGGAGAACCAGGUGGACAUGCACCUGCAGUGGCAACUGGACAAGCUGUCCCUCCUCAAGCAGGACCCGGCCUGCACGAAGGAGAUGGUCUACCUGUCCUAUGAGUGCACCGCAGAGAUCUGGCCCUGCACGCUGCAGGCUUUGGGACUGGACAAGCUAGAGAGCGCUCAGCGGAGCCACCAGCUGCAGAUCCUGGCAGCAUGCCCGCAGCCACGAGCCCUGCUGCUGCGCUUCACCAGCCUGCUGCUUUCGCUCACCACCGUCCUGCUGCCUGUGUCUGCUGCCUGCGCCUGGCCCCCGCUGCUCCUGGGCUCACGCCUGCACAUCUGCACUGCACUCCUGUUGGUGCUGCUGGGGGCUCUGGCCUGGCAGAGGCGGCACGCCCUCCCUGCCACCAACUGGCAGGCCUGGCUCCCCUUCAGGUGGAGGCUCCACUCCAAGGACGCCAAGUCUCCACCCGAGGGGCCGUGA